AUGCUGUGCAGCCAGAAGAUUUAUAAAGUGUUCAAAAAGUCCACCUCAGAGAUCGCUCAACAUACCGGAACGACCCGACUGAAAUCAAUUAACCCAAUACACAUUCAGAUACAGAACAUCAGUCAUGCCAAAUGUCUCGUUCCUCAAAAGUAUCUAACUGAUGAGGAGGAGACUACAAAGCCAGACCAUGAGGUUGCUUUAGGUUUAGCCGUCUUUGCCGCACAGCUCACACUGUGCACUCUGGCCUUUAAACAAGCCAAUGCUCCCACCAUUUCAGGUCUAAGCAGAAAAGUGGAAGACCUGGCCCACCUGGCAAGGGAGCUUAGCAUCCUCAGCCAAAAGGGCUCAAGCGUAGUUGACAACCUUCAGCAGCAUGGAAAUUGUGAAUGUGCGCACUGCACAGGAGGGUCUGACCUCCACUCAUGGCGACCACUAUCUGGACAGUUGGAACCAUCUGCUGCCAACCUAUUACAAUUGGAACUUGGAACACAAUGGGGGAUCAGGAAUCAUACAGUGAUGGCACUAAGGAAUGGCCCACACAGAGCCUCUGCCUUGUCUGUAUCUAUGGAAAUACUGUUGCAGAACAUUAUGAGAAAUGGAAUCAUGAAUGAAUUUGAAGUGCAGUCUGACAUCUUUGCCAUGCACUCCCUCAUUUAG